CUUUCUCUUACCGAAGUUUCCAGUUGUGGUAAUGAUUCUUCUAUCAAAACUGCGGUUUUAUUAACUGCCCCAACUUUAUCCAUUUGCCUUGAUUUUAGCAAAACAAAAAUGGGAAAUCACCAGCAAAACCAUGUCUACAUUACUUUCUGAUCUCCCAAAUCUCCUCUAAUCUUCCUUCCGAUUUUCCAUCUCCCAACUUUCCCGUGCAAUUUUCAUCUAUUUUCUCCAGAAACAAAAGAAACGAUGCGAAGUCAACAACAAAAUCAUCCGCAACGGGAUCAGCUGUCAUGUGCUAUUUACGAGCUGUCGGCGCUAGCCCUAAACCGCCUCCGAUGUCCGCCGACGCCGACGCACUUGGCCGACCACUCACCGAUGCGGACGAAGAUAACGACGGAGGGAUUUGGUUGGCUGAUGCUGGGGAUAUCGGUUUCUUUAAUGCUCUGUGGAUCAGUCACUUUCUUUUUAGGGUUCAUGUUGAUGCCUUGGAUUGUUGGUUUGCUCAUGGUUUUUUACGUCGUCGGCAUUGUUUCAACGAUCUCGAUGUUCGGUCGCCGGAUUUUUUGUUACGUCAUGACACCUCCACCACCCGGAAAAGACAAUAUCUCUGAAUGGAAGCUUUUGUGAGGAGCAAAGGUGUUUUCGGACGGGAGAGUUUCAUGCUGCCUGAAAGGGAAAACGAACAAUGGGGGUUUCCUCUUGGUGCAUUAAGGCA